AUGUCGGCACACGCUAUACUACUCUUCGUCGUGUUCUACAGUUUCAUACGGGUGGCAAUCACUGAAGAUACCGAACGAUGCAGUUUAAACGAGGAGCGCAAAGUGAACGAAUGUCUGCAGCCAAUGCUGGAUUAUGCUGCUAAACUGCAAGCCGACACCGGUGCUGUACAGUUUCCCUUACAAGGAGGUGAAGUAUUCAGGAAGCUCUGCUCAAUAUUCACGGACUUCAAGAAUUGUGUCGCCUCAAUCAGUUGCGAUUCGUUGUCUGUAGAUGCGGUCGAUGCCAGCUAUGGGUACAUGUGCGGAGCUGGACAACCCCUAUUUGAGCAACAUGCCGCCUGCUUCGCCCGGGUGAGACCG